AAAUGUUCUUGAAAUCCUGCGACCAGUCAAAUCACGAGGAUUAUAUUCAUAAGCUUAUAUCCUUAUCAGCAGCAGAAAGGAGUAGGCAUGCAUAUGAGUUAGAGAAAAGAGCAAUACAUCUUACACUGGAAGAAGGUAAGGAGUUGCAUAGAGUGAGGGUUUUGAAUGUGUUGAAUAAAGCUUCUCCAGAUCGACGUGCGUCAUUCCCUGCUCAGUUUCAAUCAUCUGUAGCCCGAGAGGAACGAUGAGGCCGUGAAGGCCGUUGAUAUAAUUCUGGGCUUUCAUAAGGGAGAAAACGAGAUUUUUGUGCAGUCAUGUGUUGUGGUUCAUGUAGUUGAGACCUGGAUUUUCAUUGUUGAAUGGUUCCAAGUUCAAAUGAGUCAGUUUUCAGGUCUGCCUUUUUGGCAAGGUGUAAAUUAUGAUCUAGUUGAGAGAAAUUUUCCACAAUAUAUGUGUUCUAUAGAAUAUUGUCUUUAGUGCCUUUUAUGGUGUAAAUCGGCUGCUAUCUAAGAAAAUUCACCUUUGAGGGCUUUCUAUAGACAAUCACACAGGAAGGAAGAAAAGAGCCUGCGACGCGUUUCAACGCCAGUUGUGAGUUCAUUGAUUCUGGGUGCUAGCUGUUUAUGUUGAUUCACCGUUAUAUCUGCACUCAUUAUCUCCAUUUGUACUAUUUUUUUUAAUUAUUUAUAUUGAUUUCGUAUAUUAUUUUCGGUA